AUGAGACGCCCCAAAAUUGCUCUCGUUGGUGGCGGCCAAAUAGGCGCCAUUUUAGCGUUUUUAUCGUCGCUGAAGGAGUUGGGAGACGUCAGCAUUUUCGACAUUGUCGAGGGUUUGCCUCAGGGGAAAGCUUUGGACCUUUCCCAAGUGGGGCCUGUGGAGGGAGUGGACACAAAAGUUUCGGGUUCAAAUCACUUCUCCGCGCUGCAGGGCGCAGAUGUUGUCAUUGUGACUGCCGGCGUGCCGCGCAAACCCGGCAUGUCGCGGGACGACUUGCUGGCCAUAAACUCGAAAAUAGUGGCCGAUGUGGCGGAAGCAAUUAAAAUGUAUUCUCCAGAUGCUUUCGUGAUUUGCAUCACCAACCCUUUGGACGCAAUGGUGCAGCUGAUGCGGGAGCGCAGCGGGCUGCGGGCCGAAAUGGUGGUGGGCAUGGCCGGCGUUUUGGACUCUGCGAGAUUUCGCCACUUUUUGGCGCAGCGCCUUCGCGUCUCCGUCGAAGACGUGCACGCGAUGGUCAUGGGCGGCCACGGCGACAACAUGGUCCCGCUCACGCGAUACUGCACCGUUGGGGGGAUUCCACUUCCAGACCUGGUGGCAAUGGGGCAGUUGAGUGAAGAAGAUGUUCAAGAAAUUGUCCAAAGAACUCGAGACGGAGGCGGCGAAAUCGUCAACCUAAUGAAGACAAGUUCUGCUUUCUUUGCCCCUGCUGCUGCGGGAGUGUUAAUGGCAGAAGCAUAUUUGAAAGACAAGAAGCGGGUGAUUCCCUGCGCCGCUUACCUGACCGGCCAGUAUGGAGUCCAGGACCUCUACGUGGGAGUGCCCUGCGUCGUGGGACGCGGCGGAGUCGAAAAAGUCCUUGAGCUGCAGCUCACGGAGACAGAAAAAAAAAUGUUUCAGAAAUCCGUCGACGCCGUCCGCGCCCUCGUGCAGGCGCUGCCCCGCAACCCAAAGUAA